UGCGCGGCGGCACAGACAACUUGAGGGAUUGCCUCAGACCUUGCCAGACAAGGUGCAUUAUGAAUUUACGGUAUGCUCGUUGAAGGCUCGUUGUCUCAUGCAAAAACGUUUCCAAAGGAGCUUUGAACCCAGGCAGCAGCCACCAUCCACAGAAGUCUGCUUCUCGUCAGCCCUUCUGCUUGAGUUUUCCCAACCUCUGGUGGUUUCACCUUGAUCCAGGCCUUCUGAGAGCUCUUGCAAAGUUGCUGGUUUGCGCGCUGUAGUGAUGGCCUAGCAACCCGCCUGUGUGAGAGCUGGGGGCCGGGCUACCCAGGUCGAAGAUGAUUGCAUCUUCUGGGAAGACUGCCGGGAGCCCACAUGAUGCCGUUCAAACCUCGGUCUCCUUCGAGCAAGAAGCUGCCGGCCGCCCCGUUGUGCCCGCACGCCCCCGCAGCUGGCUGCGCUUGUAUAGCAUUGCGCGACGGGGCCUCACCGGGUUCCAACGGGGCGGGGCCGGAUUGGCGGGGGCAGAUGGACUUGGGGCGCCGCAGGAAGUGGGGGAUCAGCAGAGGGCGAGCCUGGCGCGCAGCAAUGUGGACGUUGUGAAGCAGUGGGCGGCGCACCCCAGCUUGCAGCCAUUCAUUGCGUCGCUCCAUGCUGUCCAGAGUGGGGAGCCGCAUCAGCAAGUGUUUGUGUGGCUAGUGUGCCGCUGCUUGGCGCCUCUAGUGCUGCUGUUGCUGCUGUGGACCACGCUCACACACAUGGACCGGGGCUCAUCAAUGUCUAUUGGAGAGGGGGCUGCCUUGCUGGUCCUGUUUGUGCUCUCCCGGGGCUUUGGGGCGCUGGCAGAGAAGGCCGGCCUGCACCCCCUGUGCGGCAUGUUGCUGGCUGGCUUUACUUGCCGCUACCUGCCGGGCCUGGCGGGGGGCAGCAUCAUCGAGUCGGAGGUUGCGGCGGAGGUCCGCAUGGUGGGCCUGGCGCUCAUACUCGUCCGUGCUGGCCUCAGCUUGCGGCUGGCGCUCAUCACCAACCUGAUCGGCCUCUGCUCCGCAACGUCCCUGGGGCCCACGCUUGUGGAGUGUGUAACUGUGGCUGCCCUCUCUCGCGCUGCGUACGGCUGGCCCUGGACGUGGGGCCUCAUGACGGGGGCGAUGGUUUCGGGCGUGGCUGCCGCGGUGGUGGUCCCCGUGCUGCUGACGCUGCAGCAGGACGGCUACGGCACCGCCAAGGGCCUGCCCAGCCUCGUGCUCGCAGUCGCCGCGCUCGACGACGUUCUCGCGGUCGUGGCCUACGCCAUCUCCGCAGCUAUUGUGUUCGAGCACAGCCCUGUGCUGGUGACACUGGUGCGCGGCCCCGCGGAGCUGGUCCUAGGGGCCGUCGCCGGCCUGGCAGUGGGCCUCCUGGGCUGCCUGUUUUUGCCCCCCCUCGCGCACAAAGACGACGCGGCGGGCGCGGCCAGCGGCAGGCUGCCGCCGCAGGAGGGCGCGCUCAUGGCGGGGCUGCGGUCGUGCUACGUGGGCGGCAUGGCUCUGCUGGCCAUCUAUGGGUGCCACGGCCACGGCGCGGCAGGCGCUGGCGCGAUGUCGUGUUUGGUGCUGGGCAUGACGGCGCAGCUGGGGUGGGGAAGCGCGCGCGUGGGCGCGCCCAAGGCGCAGCUGGGCGUGGUGUGGAACCAGGGCGUGGCGCCGCUGCUGUUCGGCAUCAUCGGCAUCAAGCUCGACCCCGCCGCCUUCACGCCCGCGUUCCUCGCGCGCGCGGGCGGGCUGCUGGGGGCCGCCAUGCUCGCGCGGGGGGCGGCCACGCUCGCGUGUGCGAUGGCGGGGAAGGACCUGACAGCGAAUGAGCGCGCGUUCCUGGCCCUCGCAUGGGUGCCCAAGGCGACAGUCCAGGCUGCACUGGCGCCAGAGCCCUUGGCUCGGUCUCGCGCCCGGCUGCUUGCGGGGAUCGGGUCCGAGGAGGAAGUGCGAUGGGCGGAAACCGUGUUCGCCCUGGGCAUGCUGUCCGUGUUUUUGUCUGCGCCGUUGGGAGCGAUCCUUCUCAAGUACUUUGGCCCCAAGCUUCUGAAGAAGGGGAGGCGAUCCUCGACGGGAGAGGAUGCAGGGGAUCACUGAUAUCAGGAGCAAGAAACUUAUCACGACCGAUCUUAGACUUCCAUUCAACCCCUCCACAGAACCAAGCUCAGCAUGGGUUCAAUUUCCAUUGCACUUGAUUCCAAUUGGUCUUGAAAAGCAGCUCAUGGACUCAGGGCCCGCCUGUUGUGUUUCGACGCUUUAUUUUCUAUGAAACGUCAAUUCUAGCCGGC